GGUGGAUUGUCGGACUUGUGUUGGAGACGCACCGGAAAUAGCGUGAGGUUAGUGAAGUCCGAUAAGAAGUCUCGCACCUGGUAAGUUUUCAUCAUGCAGUUUUAUCCCUUUUUGAAAAUGUCUUGACAUCGUUUCCUACUGCCUCUCUGUCGCCCUUCUGCUCGUUCAGUCGCUGUUGUCUUAAAAACAAACGCUGACCGAUAUCCGGUUCUGUUUCAUAAAGCUCACGUUGAUGGCGGGAGAGCUAGUGAGGCUCACAGUUGAGGGGGGCAAGUCCGUGACUUUGAGCGCAUGUCAACAUUUUUGAUUAUUGAACCAUGUUUCAGUGCGGAGCCGGGAUCUAUGUAGAUAUCUGGAUCACAACCAAACCUCAUUGUGAAAUCUGCUAAUUUAUAUUAAUAUCCAGUCUGUUACAACCACUAUGUCAGUGAACACAGAGAUUCUUAAAAUCAGAAAAGGAGGACACAAUAUAAUCCAAAUCGCACAUUUUUUUUCGUUUUAAAAGCCCAUCAAAUACUUAAGAGUUGACGCUUAUUGCAGGGGCGUGUCCAGACUUUGGACGAGGGUACCCCAAAGUAGUGAUGGGCACGGCAGUUCUUUUAGAUGUACUGAAUCAUUAGAAUCAGUUCACUAAAAAGAUUCGUUCACCAAAUCACCGAAUCAUUUAGCGCUUAGGCGGAAGAAGCCUGUGACUCUGAACUCCUGAACUGAUACACAGGUGAACAGUUCAGGAUUCAGUACAGAUCAUAGCUCAGAUCAUAGGGAGACCAGAGUGUUUGGCUGUGUUGCUUUGGAAAACAGGUUUGUAAAAAUAAACUUGUUUACUGAAUGUUUAGAAGAAUCCAAACUGAACAUGCACCGUUCCCUCGCAAACCGCUGCAAUGAUAGGAUGCUGCGGGUUUAAUGCACUACUUGUUACAUGCUGUGUCCUAUUGUAUGCAAGUUGUUGUGGUGGCAAUUUAGCAGUAAAAAAAAAAAAAAGGUAGUUUUGUCCAACAAAAAUUAUUCCAGAGAGUGUAGUUUGAUGUGUGAUUUGUUCACCAAGUGAUUCAGGUGUUGGUGCAUACAGUCCCUCGUUCGCCGGCUGCUCGACUGGCAAUGCUGUUUCUCACUUAAGCUCAACUGAAGUGAGAAACGAACUAAUCACUUGAGAAAGUGAUUCGGUUCAGUACGUUCACUUAAAAGAUUCGGUUCUUUUGAACAAAUCGUUCGGGAAGGACACAACAUUAUCCCAAGGAGGCACUGACAUAGGCAGGAGUGGCCCAUGAGACUGCACAUGCACACAUAUGCAUUUAUAGUAGUUACCCAUCUAUUUCUAAUUCAAAGCCAUGUGUUUGUUUUGUGUGAGCAUACUUUUAAUAAAUGUAUUUAUUUAAUAUAUAUUUUUUAAAUGUUAUAAUGUGCUUUUACAGGUGCUCAAAGAUUCCUUACAAUGAAAAUGAUUAAAUUAAAUUAAAAACCAUUUAAAAUACAGAAAAUAUAGGGAAAUAAAACCAACGAUGUAAAAGGUUAAAAAAGACACAGUAUGAAAAGACAAUAAAAGAACAGUUCACAGGUUAAAAGCCAAUUUAAAAAGGUGUGUUUUUAGCAGUGAUUUAAAAGUAUGGUGGUCUGUACUGUCUUGGAGAGGAUGGGGGCGGCAGCAGAGAAGGCUUUGUCCCCCCCAAGUUCAGUGCUUGGUCCAAGGGGGUAGGGCAAGGAGAUUUCCCUCUGAGGAUCGGAGGGCACGGGAGGGGCUAUAGUGGUGGAGCAGGUCUGUGAGGUAGGUGAAGGCCAGGUUAUGAAGUGAUUUGUGGGUGAGCAGGAGGAUUUUGAAUUGUUAUGCAGUGUGAGAUGGGGAGUCAGUGCAGUUUUUGGAGGACAGGGGUAAUGUGUUCUCGGGAGUCGGUGGUUUAUUUGUGUAAAUAAUUGUUGAUUUGAUUCAAACAAUAGAGGAGGAUUUAGGUGGCUGUGCAGAACAAUUGGUCUUAUAAUUAGAUUAAGAGUUAGAUUAGGUCACGAUGAAUUAGGAAGUAGGUAAGCAUAGGUGGAGGGAGCAUAUGGUUCUUACCGUAGGUGCAUGUUAAGAUCGAUGAAAUAUGGGACUCACUCAUUAAACAACAAAAGAAGGGUUUUUAUUUUUUUGUCAGAAAAUUCAUCUUUCACAUUUACAGGACUACUACUUUCUUUUGUAUUUUGUGUUGACAUGAAACUAUUGUGCAGUCAAGUAAGAUGAGUUUAUUUGAAAGUAUUAAAAAAAAUUCCACUACUUUGUACGCUUAUUUACUCUCUAACAGUUUAAUUAAGUAAACUUUAAACUUGUGUUGUAUUCGAGAUUGCCUGUGUAUUUUCCUCUGUCUAAAGAAAGUAACUAAUUCCACACACCACUCAAACACACUCUCUUCUUCUGUAAUCCUCAGAUCAGUCUGUAAACCCCGUCUUCAGCAGCUGCUCAUUGUUUUCCUCUGAGCUGUCCGUGCAGCACAUUGAAGAUGUUCAGAAGGGCCUCAGCACAGGUGAGAGGGAAAUGAUUAAUACUGAACCAUGGCUGGGAUAUGUCAGUCAAGUUUGUGCAGAAGAAAAAAGUCUUCUGCUGUAUUCUCACAGAGGAAAUAAAUGAUCUCUUCUGUUCAUAGAUCUUGAGACAGGCGGUGAGAUACAACAGCACAGACACCAGCCUGAUCCUGGAAAGAUGUGAGUAAACUUUAUUAUUUAUAGUAAGACAAAGAUUUAUUCUCUUCAUUGUUUGGCCAUCCUUCUCUGAUGAUUACCCGUGAAAUCUGGAUAUUUGUCUUUAUCCCAGCUAUAAACCGUGUCCAGCUGUUAGGUCGAGUGGGUCAGGACCCUGUGAUGAGACAAGUAGACGGUCGAAACCCCGUCACCAUCUUCUCACUAGCAACUAACGAAAUGUGGCGCUCCGGAGAGGGAGAGGGGAACCCAGCAGGUAUGAUGUCGGAAAAAAAUGUAAACAUGAUGAGUAAGAUCAAAAUGUUGAUUAUGCUAACAAUGAAGGAGAGAGAUAUGCUCACAGUAAAACCACAUUUUAAAAGACAGGGAUAAUGAGUUUUUUGUGGGACUGUACUUAAAUUCCCAAAAGCUAUGAUUAUAUUUGUGAUGAACCCAGUUUGUUGAAAAAUAGCAUUAUAAUGCUUUUAUAUUGGUGAGGACGGAUUGAGAUGUACAACUUUAGUAGUGUAUUUUGAUGGAGUUCUUGCAUUCCACCACUAGAGGGCAGUGUUACCCUUUGAAAUCUGAACACAUGAUAGAUCAUUGUUUGAUCCCAAGUUUGGAAAUGACCAAAUGCAGCAUGUGAUGCUGAAUAAAACCACCGGAGACCUCAUCAUACCCCUUUGGCCUUUAAAUAUACAUAGAAGUCUAACACAUCUAGUUUGAAGUUCAUAUUUUAAAGGGAGAUGUGAUGAAAGUCACUCAACUCUGACCCAACCAAAUAUUGGUCAAAGAAAAUAACUCUACAAAAGCUGAUUAGUUAAUCCUAAAUGAGGUAUGGGGAUAAAAAAAUGAAAACAUUCUUAACUUUUUUUAAAGAUUGCUCAAAAUAUGAGUGAAAUUAUCAGGAAAGUUUGAGCAUUGUCACUUAAAAAUCUUGCAGCAAAAUGUGGCUGUGUUGUACCUCUGAAAAUCUUUACGAUACAUCAGAAAGUUUAAAAAUCACCCUCGUGUCUUCAUGGAAAGUGUUAUUUGUACAGUUAUGGAGUUCCAUAUGCAUUUUUUCAUUUCCCUUUUAAUUAUUAUUGUAUUAAUUCUUUGUUUCUGCAGGUGACGUCAGUCAGAAGACGACAUGGCAUCGUGUUUCUGUGUUCAAACCUGGUUUAAGAGACGUGGCAUACCAGUACGUUAAGAAAGGGUACGACCUCGGCUCCUCAGUUUACCUUUGUUUAUUUUCAAUUCCGUCUCAUUUUGUCAGGGGUUUAUAAUCAUAAAGAACAUGCACUUUACUUGGGUACAAUUUUUGGGUUCAAAUACCUAAAAUACGUCAAAUUUAUGAUGUUUUGGUCUUCUGUCUAACAACAUUUCAAAGGACAACAUUAUAUUUUCAGCAUUAGGAUUUAUCUUUAAUUUUUUUAAUUGUGUCUUUUGUUUUCUAGUCCGCUGAAUGCUAAUGAUAAGAAACAAUAUCAAUAUAAUCUCUUUGUCCAAGUCACUGUAAACCCCACAGAGAUUGUAGACCCUUAAAAUUGAUACCCUGUUUUCAGAUCAAAUGAUCCAAGUAGUAAAAUCGUUGUAAUCCACUUGGACCAACAGAAAAAAGUCUCAACCUUUUGAAUUCUUUUUUUGAGUCAUGUGACUGAUCCUGAGUCUCUCUGUUUCAGCUCAAGGAUUUUAGUGGAGGGUAAACUGGACUAUGGGGAGUAUGUGGACAAGAACCAAGUCAGAAGGCAGGCCACCACCAUCAUCGCAGGUCAGAAAACAACACAGUCACGCUUUUAUCGUCAAUAUGAUCCCGUUUCAAGAAUAAUUGUCUUAUUCUCUUUCUCUUCCUUCUUCAGACAACAUCAUCUUUCUCAGCGACAACAUCCGAGACAGAACCUGAGGGAGUUUUCCUCUUUGUCUCUGCACCGUGAAACAACUUUUUUUGUAUUAUAUAGUUCGUACCAAAAAAAAAAAAAAAAAAAAAGGAAAACUGACACCGAAGACCUGUUGGUCCUCAAGUACAGGAGCUGGUUGACCCAAGAGGAGAGGGACGGGUUAUUCUGUGACCCUGAGGAGACUCCUGCAGACUCUGAUGUGUCAGGAGGAGCAGAAAGGGCCCAUGUGUAGUUCAAAAACAUGUACUUAUUAUGGUUCUUUGUGUGUGUAACAUUUAAAAAGCUAGAGUGUAUACCUCGUUUUUGUUUGUAAGUUUUUUUGUGUGAGAAUGUGAGGAGGUAAAGGUGAAAAUACAGUGUGAACUUUCACUGUGUUUGAAGAUAAAGAUGUUGUAGCUCUGUGAAGAGCAACUUCCUGUGAUGAGGAUCAUGAACAAGAUUGUAGGUUUUCUCUUUAAUUGUAGAGGAGAGACGUGCCAUCUUCAUGCUGAAUAUUUGGCUCACAUUUACAGGUUUAAAACUAACACUGUUAUAUUCUGAUUCAACCUCUAGGCCAGUUUUAAGUCCCCCCCUCCACAUGCUCUGAGUUAUCAUCACCUUUUCCCGGUCUUAUUUUUAACCAUAGUUCAGUUUUGUACCAGCAAAAUCAAGCAAAGGUGUUUAUAUUAUAUAUGAUUGUCAUCCAAUAAAAAAACCCUUAAUCUCCAGAAGAAGUGCUGUUGAUUUCAUUGAGGUAAACAAAAUGUGUAAUUGUUGAAAUUUGCACCAACUUUUUGAGUUGAUGAGCUUUUAAAGAAAUCCUGGAGGCAUUCAAAUGACAGAAAAAUUGACAUUACUCGCACAGUUUUAUUUUUAGUUUGUCAGUUAAAUCCCUGAUUUAAUCCCUGUUUCUUUGGCUUGUGUUUUCCUGUUCACAUCUCUGAAAACGAUAUUUUCCUCCAUGUUCUGCUUUGUCAUUUUCCUGUCAGUUGUUAUCACUCUCCGGUUUCUCAUUUCCUCUGUGGUCAGUGACGCUUCACUUUCAGCUCUUGUCUGCUGGUUCUUUUUAUCUGAAAUACAUCCUGUAAUACACUGCAUUCACAGUUUAUUUAUAUUCUCCAUUAUUGUUCAUUUUUUAUUGUAUGAUUUAACUUCCAGUCUGACAGUGAUCUUUCUAAAAAUUACCAAUCAUGAUUAAAAAAUUAAAAAUAA